AUCAUGGCCGUAUUGACAUCYGCUUUGAUUCUUUCGCUGGCUUCCCUCAUCCAUACAUCGAACUUGGAAUGUCAUACCAUAAGGUAUUUCAAAGCAGGAUGCUUUGCAGAUUACUCUCAUGAUAGAACUAUGGAGGAAUAUCAUGGUUCACAUUCCAUUGAGGAUUGCAUGAGACUUUCCUCAUCAAAAGGCUACAAAGCUUUUGGAAUUCAGUAUGGAAAUGAAUGCUGGACAGGUGCAAAAGCACAUUUAAACUACAGAAAACAUGGGACACACAAUAACUGUGCCAAUGGAAAAGGUGGCUCCUGGUCUAACUAUGUGUAUAUAGUAGAUGAUGAAUGACAGCUGCGAGAAAACACCAUGUUUAUAUGCGGUUAAACUGAAGUAUGAACUUUUUUUCAAACUUCUGCAAAAUGUUUUUGAUUAACAUUAAUGCACUGGUCAGGCAGAUAACAAACUUUGUCAAUGUUCAACCAAUAAACAUUUUGAGUAUUUUCUCUGCUUUCCAAUCAAAACAAAUCAGUGUGCUCAAGUAAGGAGUCUCUUCUUUUAACACUGGUCAGGCAGAUAAAAAAACUUUGUCAAGAAUGUUUUAUGUAGUCUCCUUUGCAG